AAUGACAGACAUCUGUCAAGCUUAUCGUAAUAAAAGCGUGUAGUUAAAGAAAUGAUGAAAUCUUUUUUCAAAGUGUUAAAAAACUAUUAAUAUAUUUUUAUUUUGCUGUAAUGUUGCCGAAAUCUCCCAAACCAGCAUUCUGGAAAUUCAUAAAAGGAAGUGCUAAAGUAAUAUUCAUUGCAGAAGCUGUUUGCUUUGCAGCCUCCUACGGAGUUUAUUAUCGUAUGAACACAAAUCGUGAGUUUCGCCACUAUAUCAACGAAAACUUCCCAUUUGCUCUAGAUUACUACUAUAAAGUGGGCGAGGUUUUGGGUAAUAGCAACUUGAGGCAAGUCGACUCCGCAGUCUGGCGAGCUGAGGGCGAAAAACGAGAAUAAUCAAAACAAUUUUG